AUGAAUAGGUUAGUUUUCACUAGAAGAAUAUUUGGGAACUUCCCGAGAACAUUUGCAACGAGACAUGCUAAUGAAUUUCCCUUCGAUAAACUCGUGAAUAUCAAAAAGCCCUUCUUCAAUUGGAAAGCUUGUGGUGUUUUCUUCCUUGGGGGUUCUUACUUGGCAUACAGUGAAAUAUUGUUUCAGAAGUAUUCCGAAUACACACAAGUGGAUGAUGAUAGCGAACUCUUGUCGAUUCAGUUGGAUUACAAGUUGAAAACUCUUCCCAUAUAUCAACAAUUGGCACAUGGCAAGAAGUCGGGUGACUGGAUAAAGCUCAACUCUUGGGAAAAUUUGGAUCGCAAUGUCUUGGAGGGAGCUGAAGGCAAACUUGUGAAAGGACAAGCCGAGUAUUUAUCACCAGAUUUUACGAAUCAUACCUUAGCACAUCCUGGGGGUAUCUUAGUGAAACCUGUCAUAUUUCAUAAUCAUAUAACGAAUGAGACUGUUACAAUCGUUCAUAUGGGAUAUAAACUUUGCGGCUAUCCAUUUAUUGUGCAUGGUGGGAUAAUUGCUACUCUUUUGAACGAGUGUUUCAAGAGAUGCGCUUCCCUUUCAGCAUCCACUCAGUCAAGUUUGAAAGAUGAUUACAUGAUCGAUUCUUUAGGCAUUUCAUACAAACUGCCACUGUUUGCUAAUCAGUUUUUUGUCGUUAAAACGAGAGUGGAAAGCCGCAAUUCGAAUGAUUCUCUCGUUUUGAAGAGUGUAAUCGAAAAUGAGAACGGAAAGGUUGUGGUUGAGGGAAACUCCGUUGUUAAGGAAACGGGAAGAGCAACAAAAUUAGCAUGUGAGUCGCAAGCCAGUAAGUGGGCUCUUUUCUAG